AUGAACUCUGGGAACGAUUCUUGGCACUCCGCCGGUGGGCCGCCGUCGCACCCUGGCAUGGAUCAGAUGAAUCAACAACCCCGGCCCUUGGGGUCGUUCAGUCAAAAUCCUUCUCAGCAAGGCCCGGCAUCGCAGCCCUCAGGGCCCGUCCUCCCUCCUCCAUCCGGCCCCUACCAUCCCGGCGGUCAAUCCGGCGGCCACUCCCUCCCCGGUCUGGCGGAAUUGAGCCAGAGCCAUGGGGCUCCCCACCAACCUCCGGCGUACGGACAGCACCCUGCGGGCACAUCCCAUGGGUCCGGGCACUCCCUUCCCGGCAUUGGCCAGGCCAUGUCGCAUGCAUCCCCACAGUCACUAAAUCGGGAGCGCGAACGGGACUCCAGGGAGCGCGAGAUCCUUGAGCGCCAGCGCCAGGAAGAAAUGGCGCACCGGGAGCGUGAGCAGCGUGAACGCGAACAAAUGGAGCGCCAGCGCGAGCACCACCCAGUUCAAAGUCACACCGGCUCAAUCCCCCUUCACCAGCCUGUCGCCUCGAAAGUACCCAAUUCCAUUCACGGCCCGAAUGGUCUCCUGUCGAAUCUGGGAACGAACCCACCCAAUGGCCCGCAAGCCAAUAUGCAGACUUCCGGCGGACCGAGCGCUCUUUUCGGCGGCCCCCAGAUGCCGCAUGGCGAGGGCACUCCGCGCUCGUACAUGCAACACCCUGCGGGUCCACCUAUGAUGGGAUACGGCGGACAGGGACAACAAAUUCCCGGGAACGUUGCGGCUCUGGCGCAGGGUCAGCAGCCGAUUCUCAACGAUGCUCUCAGCUAUUUGGAUCAGGUGAAGGUGCGAUUUGUGGAUCAGCCCGAUGUGUACAAUCGUUUCCUGGAUAUCAUGAAGGACUUCAAGAGUCAAGCCAUUGAUACGCCUGGUGUGAUUCAAAGGGUCUCCACUUUGUUCAAUGGCCACCCUGCCCUUAUCCAAGGCUUCAACACUUUUUUGCCUCCCGGAUACCGCAUCGAAUGUGGCACUGAAGACAAUCCAGAUGCGAUCCGCGUGACCACCCCAUCCGGGACGAAUACCCUAAGCAUGCCCCGAGCACCACGCCCGCUAGAUAGCUCCAAUGAUCUUGGUCCUGCUGGCGGUCUCGGUCCCCAUGGUCGGACUGAUUAUUAUGAACAAUCUCGCCCUGGCUGGCAACAAACUCAGCAGCAGCAGCAGCAGCAGCAAAGCCAUCAGCAAGGCGCACCUGGCUCAUAUUCCCCCGGAUCACGCCUAAUGGGAGCGGGAAUGUAUCAACAGGAAGGACAGGGUCCUCCACAGGACCACCACUUUGCCUAUCAAAGUCAAGAGGCUCAGGGUGCUUCGGCCCUAUCCCACCCGCAGGAUCACCGUGGUGUGGCGCAGCUGCAAGGUGCGGCUUCCGCAGCCUCAGGACUGGGAAGGCCGCCAAUGCUCCCAGUUUCUGGCGCCGGCUCGAAUCAGACUAUGAGUAGUCUGGCUGGGGUUGGUGGUAUGCUUCAGGGCGGUCAUGCUGAUUUGAACAAGCGGGGCCCUGUUGAAUUCAACCAUGCAAUCAGCUACGUGAACAAGAUCAAGAAUCGGUUCUCUUCCGCACCUGAGAUCUACAAGCAAUUCCUCGAGAUCCUGCAAACCUACCAGCGCGAGUCAAAACCCAUCCAAGACGUCUACGCGCAGGUAACUCAACUUUUCAACACCGCGCCUGAUCUCCUUGAAGAUUUCAAGCAGUUUUUGCCUGAGUCUGCGGCCCACGCCAAGCAACAGCAGCAAGCACGCAUGGCAGAGGAAGCAAUCCCCAUGUCCAACCUCCGUGGUGAGCCCAUGGGCUUACCGUCUCAGACUCCGAACCGGGACGUGAAGAUGCCCCCUCUUGGCCAGUUCAACGUUAAGGACUCAGGGAAAGAGAACAAGAAGCGACGAGGUGGUCCUGGUGUAGGUCUCUCUUCUGUGUCAGGACCUUCUGGUGUAGAUGGGGCCCGGAUGCCCGAUGCUCGGGGAGGCCCCCAGGCAGGGUCAUUCAGCAAUAGCAACAAGAGACCCAAGCACUACCAUGGCAAGCCCUCCGGAGCUGAUAUUCCUAACGUCUCUCCGACUCUGAUUCCCGCUCUCCCUGAGCCAGUUCCUCCAAGUGUGAUGACUACACCGAGCCAGGAGGAAAUUGCCUUUUUCGACCGUGUCAAGAAGUUCAUUGCCAACAAGCAAAUCUUCAGUGACUUCCUGAAGCUGUGCAACCUAUACACCAAUGACUUGAUCGAUCGCUUCAUUCUGGUUAAGCGCGCUGAGGGUUUCAUUGGUUCUAACGCCGAGCUCAUGAGCUGGUUCAAGCGCUUCAUGAACGUGGAAGAGCCCGAAGACAAGACUAUCGACCCCAAGCCCAAGACAGAGUCUGGUCUGGUCAACCUUGCACACUGUCGGUCUUUGGGACCCAGCUAUCGGCUGCUGCCUAAGCGCGAACGUCAGAAGGCCUGCAGUGGCCGUGAUCAGCUCUGCUUUGAGGUUCUGAACGACGAGUGGGCUUCACAUCCCACCUGGGCCUCCGAGGACUCUGGUUUCGUUGCACACAGAAAGAAUCAGUAUGAAGAUGCUCUGCACCGUAUUGAGGAGGACCGACAUGACUACGACCACCACAUCGAGGCCUGCACGCGCACCAUUCAGUUGAUCGAGCCGAUCUGCCAGCAGUUCUUGCACAUGUCGGAAGCUGAGCGGGCGAACUUCAAGUUGCCGCCUGGUCUGGGUGGCCAAAGUGAGGCCAUCUACCAGCGGGUGAUUAAGAAAGUCUAUGAUCGCCAACGUGGUGAGAAGAUCAUUCGUGAUAUGUUUGAACGCCCUUGUCAGGUCCUACCCAUCGUCCUCUACCGCCUCAAGCAGAAGCUCGAGGAGUGGAAGGCGUGCCAGCGCGAAUGGGAUAAGGUCUGGCGCGAACAGAUGCAGCGAGCCUACUGGCGGAGUCUGGACCAUCAGGCAAUCGCCACCCGACAGACCGACAAGAAGUUGUUCAUCGCGAAGAACAUCCAGCAGGAUCUGCAGGCCAAGUUUGAGGAGACUCAAAGCAUGCGCAAGAGCGGCCUGAAGCCACCGAAGUACCAGAGCCAGAUGAAGUUCCAGGACACGGAUGUCCUGCUGGAUACCACCCACCUGCUCUGCUUAUACAUUGAUCGAAGCACUUCUGGCUUCGGUGCGGACCCGUCGCGUUUGAUCAACUUUGUCAAGGAUUUUAUUCCUAUCUUCUUUGGAUUGGACCGUGAGGCCUUCCACGAUUACAUGGAUGAGCUCUUGAUCAGCGCUACCCCUGCCGAAGAGCUGGAAGACAAUUUCGGUGCUGAUGAUACUUCGAAUGCCAGCCGCAAGAUUGUCAACACGCAGAAGCUGGAUCUCUUGCGUGAGGCACUUGAGCGCAAGGCCGAGAAGGGCAAUGGUUAUCUUCAGGAAGAUGGUGCUGUUCCUCCUGCUCCUGCGUCUGCGUCUGCGACUACACAGCUUGCAGACCCCGACGUGCGGGCUACAUCUACAGCCGUGUCUGAGUUCGAGGACAACUUCGAUGUCGCUGAACUGAAGUGGAUGGAGCACCCCGGCCAGGGCAACUUUAACCUGGAGCGCGAAUACACGUUGAAUGACAAGUACAAGAAAACCGAGCACCACAUGUACUGCAACCUGAACAUCCUCUGCUUCCUGCGCACCUUUGAGAUCCUCUACUCCCGGCUGCUGCGCAUCAAGGAGCAGGAAGACGAGGCCCACGAGCAGGUCCGCCGCGGUCUACUUCCCAAGCCCGCCAAUGAGCUGUGUCUGAUUGAUCGCUUCCCGGGUGACUUCUUCUACGAUGUCGACCCCAAGGCCAACCUGUACAAGCAGGUCGUGCGUAUGUGUGAGGAGGUGAUCCGGGGUGAUAUUGACCAGGUUCACCUAGAGGAGACUCUUCGCCGUUUUUACAUGCAGGGCGGUUACUUGCUGUACAACCUGGAGCGCAUCUUCUCGUCCAUCACGAAGUUCGUGGCGUCUAUCUUCACGGGUGACUCACGGGAUCGCAGUUCGGAUAUCGCAAACCUGUUCUUCAAGGAACGCGAGAGGAAUGAGACUACGCACCACCAGGAGAUGCAGUAUCGCAAGCAGGUGGAGAGGUUGAUUAAGGAUGGCGAUAUCUACCGUAUUACCUACGUGAGUCCCUUUCCGUCUGUUGGAGUCGACGGAACUCUACUAACCGAUACUUUCCAGUUCCCCUCCGACCGCCAUGUCACCGUUCAGGUGAUGACCAGUGAGGACGCCACUCUCGAUAGCGACGACCUCAGCGCCGAAGCCCGCUGGUCCUACUACGUGACCACGUACUCGAUGCGCGACCCCACUGAAGGCGUCUCCUACUCCGACAUGCGCAUGCCCUUCCUCAAGCGCAAUCUGCCCAACAAGCUGGACGAGGAUGAGGAGUACGACCGCUUCUACCGCCGGCUGCAGCACUACGACGGCCUGAUCAUCCGCAUCUGCGCCAACAACUACACCAUCCUCUACCAGCCCCCAAGCCACGACUGGUUCUGGCGGUCGACUGCCCCCGUCCACGGCAAGAACACGGAUGCCGAGGCUAUCAAAGCCAAGGAAGAAGAGCACGCUAAGGAGAAGGCUGCUGUCCGCGAGAAGCGCCAUGACCGCUUCAUCGAGAAGUUUGUGAAUAACCCCAAAUGGGCGCGGGGCCUCAGCAAGGACAAGGUCGACGAGUCGAACCAGCGCUUCCGCUCUUGGCUGAAUGGCACUCUUGAGAAGGAUGGUUCUGCCCCCGCCGAGGCGGCGGAGUGGGCUCCUAAGGAGGAUGCUGCGCAGAGCGAGCAGGCUGAUACCGAGAUGGCGGAUGCUGAGCCCGUAGCCGCGGAG